GUUUUUGAAUGAAUAUCUGAUGCGGCUGGCUGUGGGAGGAGCUAUGUUACUGGAGUACUGGGAGAAAAGGAGGGAGGGAGCGUGGGAGAGAGAGAGAGACAGACAGACCGAAUGAGAGAGAGAUGGAGAGAGUGUGAGAGAGAGAGAAAGGGAGAAACUGAGAGAGAGAAAGGGAGAGACAGACAGAGAGAGAGGUCUGACUGCCUUGCAUAACACACGUUGGAGCAGCUUUGCACGCAGGACUUCAUGUGAUUCUUCAACCAGGGGGACUUCCUCUAUCGCUGGCUCAUCACAGAGCCUUACGGCUGGGUGUACAUGUUCACCCUCUCUCCCGGACGGACCCUACCUGGAGCCUGGAGGAAAACAGGGCUGGCUCUGAAAAAUAGACCUGCACAAAGGAGACGUAGAGAAAGAGGAUUUCCCUAUAGGAAUACGUAGUGUAGAAGCUACACAGGCAAGAGGAAGUCUGACAAUGCUCUGCCAGCUGUGGCUUUGUACAGCCUGGUAAGCUUUUCCCCUCUCCCUCGGCAAAGGCAGUGUUUCUUCUGGUUUCUUCUUGAUUUGUGGCAUAGUAUUUUGGACCCUGGUCCUCUCCACUCAUGCGUUCAUCACCACUGUCAUUCCCUCAUCCAGUAAUGCCCCUAGAGGCUACAGAACGUACACUGCAUCUGGUUGGCUUUGGAUCGCAUUACGUGAGGAGAUGAGCGAUGCAGGACGCUGGAGUCAUUGUGAAAAGAAGACCAACAGCCAGCUAGCCACAGCUCUCUCUCUCUCUUUCUCUCUCACGCUAAUACUGCGUUCAUAACUAAAUGGGAAUUUACCACAUACGACUGGGAAAAAUCCAGUUGAACGGCCCUCCAACCGGUAAUUACUAGUGUAAAACUCAUCUGUCAUCCUGAGCUGCCACUUCACCCACAUGCUGACCUCUGACAUCACCUACCAAGGAAAUGACCUUCACAACAGCAUUUUGGAUUUACAGCUGGCGGACGUUGUGGAGGCUGGUGGUUAGUCAGAGAUGAUUCCUCAUGAAGUCCAUGGAGUCGUCCUCUCUGUCGCCUGGCGGGCGUCACUCUGCCCUCUCUAGACUACUGAGUCCAGGACACACAGUCACACAGUGAAGACCUGAAAGAGACCUGAUAGAGCCCACGACAACACUGAGAGAGAGAGAGAGAUGUUUCCCAUGCCAAUAAAGCCCUUAAAUUGAAUUGAAAUUGAGAGAGAAACAGAGAUAGGGACAAAGAGAGAGAGAAACAGUAGGUUCAAAAAACCUACUUGAGAGACAAACAAAGAGUGAAAACCAACCAUGAAAUCCAACCAGGAGAGGAGCCAUGGCUGUCUACCUCCAAAGAAGCGUGAGAUCCUAGCCCUGGAGCAGAGGCCUGUGGUGGUAACAGCAGCAGCUGAGAUCCUGGCUCUGGAGCAGAGGCCUGUGGUGGUACCAGCAGCAGCUGAGAUCCUAGCACUGGAGCAGAGGCCUGUGGUGGUAACAGCAGCAGCUGAGAUCCUGGCUCUGGAGCAGAGGCCUGUGGUGGUACCAGCAGCAGCUGAGAUCCUAGCCCUGGAGCAGAGGCCUGUGGUGGUAACAGCAGCAGCUGAGAUCCAAGCUCUGGAGCAGAGGCCUGUGGUGGUACCAGCAGCAGCUGCAGCCUCAGCAGACACUACCUUACACACAGAGAACCUGGCUUGGCUGGCCAAUGUAGCCAGCGAACGCUGCAGAUCCACAGAAACUCCCAGCCCCAGGUUUCAUGUCUCCUCGUCCUCCUCUUCAUCCCCCUCUGCUCUCCCCCUGUCCUCUCUCUCCACGAUCUACCCCACUGGGGUGGGGCUCAGCCAACAGGGUGGGACAAUCCAGUACGCCCAGCUGGCCCCUAACCUCCAGUUCAUUAGCUCGGGGCCGUACACUGGCUAUAUCUCCUCUCAGAUCAUCCAGUCCACUGCCACCAGUGUAGCCGCCUCCACAGGGCAACAGCGCCACCAUCUGGACGGCCACUGCUACACCACCGCCCUCAUCUCCCAGGCCACCAAGGUUGGGGACCAGCAGAACCAGGUCCAGAUAGGUCUGCCGUCUGACCUGGCUGUGUCCGUUGGAGGGACCCACUUCACCACUACCCACCAGUACAUCCAGCUGGACAGCAGCAGCCCUCUGACCGUCACCUCCCCUACCCAGGGCCACCUCCAGCCUCUCCAGCUCCACACCCACCCUGGGGUGGGCCUCCUCCCCCACACCCUCACCCUCGCCCCCUCCCAGGUGCUGGUCCAGUAUACGGAUGGGUUAGGGGUCAACAAAGCUGAGGGCGGACACACCAAGGUGGUGCAGCUGAAUGGAGAGCUGGAGAGGAGUUUCGGUAAACAGAGCUGUGCUGGCAUCAAAGGAACCUCCUACUCUAACCAGAACAAUCAACAGGUUCACCAUGGAUAUGAAGCUCGACACAUCCUCAUUCCCGCAGACUACACUACCCAGGAUUCCACAGGACUACAAACCUCCCUGGUGCUGGUAGCAAACGCCCAGCCCAACCCCCACCCCAACCCUCACCCUACCAGUGGUGCUGAGCAGGACAAGGUCCAGGUCCACCCAUCACCAAUACACAGUGAGGGAGGAGGCAUCUGUCUAAGGAAACCUGUCUCCAGAACCUCCUCUUUCACCUCCCUCAACUCCUCUGAGGCUCUGAAGGUCUCUUCUGCCCCUCACACGGUUAUCCAGACCACCCACCACUCUGACGAGCAUGUACACAGCCUGUACUCCACCACCCAGGCACCAAUCAUCGGCUACAUCGCCAGGGCAGGUAACCAGCAUGGCGUCAGCUACGCCACCCUGCCGCAGCACCUGGUCAUCCCGGACGGCCAGUCCCUCCAGUCUCUCCUGAUACCCGUUAACGGAGUUACCACCACUACGGACCUCGAGGCUGCCUGCUCGGUGACCGCCAGGACGGCCAGCACCACCGCCUCUCAGCUGGCUCCAGCGACCGCAUCCCUCCCCCGCCACACCUACCUCACCGCGUCCCUGUCCAAGUGUGAGAUGCUGGGGUCGGACGGCCACCACCAGUCCCCUGCUGUACUCCAGGCCCAAGUACUACCCAUCCAACACAUCCAAAUCCCGUCUAACACACCUGCUAAUGUGGUGGCGUCCCCCUCCCCUGCCCUAGCCAUAGUUCCAGGACCUGUCCAGGCCUCCCCCUCUCUCUCCUCUUCCCCCUCCCCUGCCCCAGCCCUAGCUCCAGGACCUGUCCAGGCCUCCCCAUCUCUCUCCUCCUCUCCAACCACGCUCCCUCCGUUCUUCAUGCGUGGCUCCAUCAUCCAGCUGGCGGAUGGGGAGCUGAAGCGAGUGGAGGACCUGAAGACGGAGGACUUUAUCCAGAGUGCUGAGAUCAGCAGUGAGCUGAAGAUUGACUCCAGCACAGUGGAACGCAUCGACACGGGCCAGACACCCAACGCUGUCAUCAUACAGUUUGGUGUCGGGGAACACAAAGCACAGGUGUGUGUGGAGGUGCUGUUAGAGUACCCGUUCUUUGUGUUCGGCCAGGGCUGGUCGUCCUGCUGCCCUGACCGGACCACUCAGCUGUUGGAGCUGAGCUGUGCCAAGCUGUGUGUUGGGGACGUGUGUGUCUCCCUGACCCUCAGGAGCCUGAGGGGCGGCAGUGGCUCUGUGUCUGGGAGGAACCACAACAGCCAGGGUCACGAGGUCAAGCUGAGGCACAGCCACAACACUGGGGACAUCACACAGGGGUCUAACCGCCAGGGGAACAGUCAGGGGAAUAGCCAGAGUAAUGGUCAGAGUAAUGGUCAGAGAGACGGUCAGAGUAUGGACAAGGACUUUAGGAACAGUUUGAAUGCUGCAGGCAGCAACAGUGUCUUCCUGGUGCAAGUGGCCAAAACAGACCGGUUGAAUAAGGAGGACAGGGACGUCCCCCGCUGUGUGGACCAGGUGACAGGAUCUGGACUGAGACCCGGAUCUGGACCAGGGGUCUACGGAAUUAGAGUUGGACCCAGGAGCACCUCGGACCUGCAGGCUGUCUCAGGGAAUGGAGAGAUGAUAGGGAGAGACAAUGGAGAGAUGAGAGAGAGAGAACAGAAUAGCCCCAUGCUCCCUCUGCCCCUCAAGACAGAAGUGGGUGAGGCAGACAAAGAAAAACCCUGGGGUCGUAAGAGGAGGUGGUCUGCUCCAGAGAGAGAUCAGACAGAGAGGGCGGAUGAGGAACCCCCUUUGACUCUGCCAAAACCCUCUUUUAUAACUCAGCAGGUCAAGCUCUCCAUCGAAGGAAGGUCAAAGGUUAGUCGUUGAAGGAGCUGGAGUGUUGUACAGGAGGUAGGGAACAUAGUUUUAUAUGUUUGUAACGUUGUUAGUGCUGUUUGGUUUAAUCUAUCUAUCCACAUUAAUGGAAAGGAUUCAUUUACCUGGUAUAUACAUGUUUUAUGAUUCUAUUUCUAUGGAAGGAACAUUGUUGUCUCUGUGUUUGGCCCACUGCCUGGGAGGCCAGUCUCUCUCCAGAACACAGUGAGUGGCCCACAGCCUGGGAGGCCAUUCUCUCUCCAGAACACAGUUAGUGGCCCACUGCCUGGGAGGCCAGUCUCUCUCCAGAACACAGUGAGUGGCCCACUGCCUGGGAGGCCAGUCUCUCUCCAGAACACAGUGAGUGGCCCACUGCCUGGGAGGCCAGUCUCUCUCCAGAACACAGUUAGUGGCCCACUGUCUGGGAGGCCAGUCUCUCUCCAGAACACAGUUAGUGGCCCACUGCCUGGGAGGCCAGUCUCUCUCCAGAACACAGUUAGUGGCCCACUGCCUGGGAGGCCAGUCUCUCUCCAGAACACAGUUAGUGGCCCACUGCCUGGGAGGCCAGUCUCUCUCCAGAACACAGUUAGUGGCCCUCUGCCUGGGAGGCCAGUCUCUCUCCAGAACACAAUGAGUGGAUACUGUAGCUAGCAGAUGGUUGACCUGGAAAGGCUUGAAUUUACUAAACCAUGAGAUUUGUCCUCUAUAUUGACCUAUAAAGUGAAUUAUGCAUGUGUGAGUUAUAUCAAUUGAUAAUUUCUGCCUUGUUAGAAUACAACCCUCUACUGCUCAUCGUUACCCUCAGUCAUCAGAACUCCCACCCCCCAUACAUUUGAGGACAUUGUUUAGUUUUCAUUUUGCUGCCUCAGGACAACAUUGUGCAGUUAGGCUACUUUAAAGGGAAAUACAAUGCUGAAUGAUAGACAUGUAGAUUCCCAUACAAUGAACCCAGGGUCAUUCUAAGGGCCAAAGCAGCCUAAUUGAGCAGUUAAGAUCAUACCCUCUGAUUGUGAGGACAGUCCCAGCGAGGAAGAAUGGACCUCAGAAUCAGGUUUGAGAGGCAGUGAAAUACUAGUUUAGGGAAAGCUUUCACUAUCAGCUUUUCCAUGGUGUUAUAGUAUUAGUAGUGGCAGUAGUGGCACAGAACGCCUAAAUCUACCCCCCCAAAAAAAA